AUGUCGGUGUCUGCGGACGUAGUAAAGAGAGAAGAAGGGUUGAUUUGCAAAGUGUCUGUUGUCUUAGGACAGCUGCAGCGUCAGCGGCCGCGUCCAGCGCCCCCGGCCGCGGCAGCGCCAGCGCCUCCGCCGGCCACGUCGGCGCGCCGGCAGUGCCUGGUGUGGGCGCCUGCAGCGAGUCUCGCGGCCGCCGUCGCCCGGAGAAGCAGCAGCAGCAGCCGCAGCCACAGCGCCGCCGCCGACUGCCCGCCGCGACAACCACCUGCCGCCGCCGCCGCCAGCGCGCACCACUGCCGCCGCAAGGACAAGUACUCGCCGCCCCCGCAGCCGCCGCCCUCCGCCUCUCCGCGACACUCCACAGCGCAGCACCAGAGCAAAGCGAGCCCUAGCGCGCAGCAUCUACAGCAGCAGCAGACGCUGACGCAGCGGCGCGGUCAUCAGCAGCAUGCGCAUGGCAGCUGGCGGGCGCGCUGGUCGGGCAUGAAGCUGAAGGAACGCGUGCUGCUGGGCGUGAGCGCGGCCACGGUGCUGGCGACGCUGCUGCUCGUGGUGGACCUGCAGCUGGAGCUGGGCGUGUCCGGCCGCCACCUGCUGCCCAGCCACGGCCGCCACCGCCUCGCGCCGCACGCCAACACCUUCCGGCACCGCGUGCUGCAGCGCGCGCCCGCCAACGGCUCCGAGCGAGAGGCCUCCAACAGCUCCGAGGCGGCCGCGCGCACCGCCGCCGUCGCCGUCGGCGUCGGCCGCGCCCCCACCGAAGGCCCGCACGACGAGUUCAGCGACCUCGUCGACUACGUCGCCAACAACGGCGAUGUCGGCGUCGUCGAGUCGUCGGCGGCGCGCCUCUCCGCCGCCGCCGCGGAGCUGUUCGGCGCGCGCCGCAACCCCACCAUGGCCGAGCUGGUCGACUUCCCCGACAGGUGA